AUGAAAACAUUCCAAGGGCCUGUACCAGGAAAGUUGUUCAUUGAUAGAGGUGAAAAGGUCCGCAUCGCCUAUGCUAUGCAAGUCGAUUUUUACAACCCAAACAGCAUAUGCAAACGUGGCAAUCACGACUUGAUUGGUUUGAUUUCCAUGGCUAAUCUGAACAUCCCAGAAAGCAUUCAAUAUAAACCCAAGAAUAUCUUCAUAGCUGGCAUUACACCUGGACUGAAGGAGCCCAACUAUGAGCAAAUACCUCGCUUGAUGGCUCCUCUUAUGGACAUAUGUGUGGAAGCUUGGCAUCGGGGCCUUUACAUAUCAAGGACAGUGUCUUGUCCACAAGGCCGACUUACUGAGUAUGCUGUGGUCCUCUCCAUCAAUGACCUUCCU